UCUAAAAACAAAGAGUAACAACAAAGUUUGGUAACAACUUCUUGGAUCAACCUCUUCUCCCUGAUAUAAGUAAAUUUUGCAUGAUUUGUGUAAAUAAUCAGAAAAAUGGAUAUGAUAGAAUGCUGUUAUAACGCUGAAGCAGAGUUACAUAUAUCCAACGAUAGUGUAAUGUUGGAUGAAAAAUCAGGAGUUCUUGACCAAAUAUCAGAAGAAAAUGGAGCUAAUGUAGGAAGAGAAAAUACGAAGUUGAAAAAUAAUAUGAGAUUUAUAGAUGCUUUUGAACAAUUCAUACAUAAAAAAGAAGAAUACAUCAUCAAGGAUGGAAAAAGUUACUCAAAUUGCUCAGUUACCGAAGUGGAUGGUGAUACAUUAUCAUCUGUCCCUUUUACAGAAGAAAAGCCUCUUAUAUUCGAACCACUGAUUAAUAACUCCAAACUGACUCACAUAGAUAGUGAUAAAAGUCACAUAGGUCCUGUAGUUGAAGAAAAUAGUCUUGAAAACCAUACAGGAUAUGGCUAUGCGUCCAGUCUGGAUGAAGACAGUUACUCAAAUUGCUCAGUUAACGAAGCCGAUGCUGAUACAUUAUCGUCUGCCUCUUUUACAGAAGAAAAGCCUCAAUUAAUUGAACCACUGAUAAAUAACUCUCAAAUAGCUCACUCAGAUAGUGAUAAAAGUCACAUGAGUCCUGUAGUUGAAGAAAAUAAUCUUGAAAACCAUACAGGAUGUGGCUAUGCUUCCAGUCUGGAUGAAGAAAGUUACUCAAAUUGCUCAGUUACCGAAGACGAUGCUGAUACAUUAUCGUCUGCCUCUUUUACAGAAGAAAAGCCUCAAUUAAUUGAACCACUGAUAAAUAACUCCCAAAUAGCUCACUUAUAUAGUGAUAAAAGUCACAUGAGUCCUGUAGUUGAAGAAAAUAAUCUUGAAAAUCAUAUAGGAUGUGGCUAUGCUUCCAGUCUGGAUGAAGAAAAUUACUCAAAUUGCUCAGUUACCGAAGCCGAUGCUGAUACAUUAUCGUCUGCUUCUUUUACAGAAGAAAAGCCUCAAUUAAUUGAACCACUGAUAAAUAACUCCCAAAAGGCUCACUUAGAUAGUCACAUGAGUCCUGUAGUUAAAGAAAAUAAUCUUGAAAACCAUAUAGGAUGUGGCUAUGCUUCCAGUCUGAAAGAUCAAGAAGAAAAACUUUUGCCUACUGAAAACCUUGAACACAUUAAACCUCAUCACUAUCAGUGUGAUUAUUGUGACUAUUUUACAAAUAGAAAAAGUGCCCUCCGAAUUCAUGUCGAGUCUGUUCAUUUAAAUAUGAGGAAACACAAGUGCCAGUUUUGUAAUCAUGCUUCUAAUGAUAAAACUUCACUUAAGAGCCAUAUUAACGUUGUUCAUUUGAAUAUCAAGGAACACAAGUGUCACUUAUGUGAAUAUACCGGGAGUAAAAAAAGUUACGUUGAAAUGCAUGUGAAAGCUGUUCAUUUAAAGAUAAAGAAACACAAGUUUCACUUAUGUGAUUUUGCUGCAAGUCGGAAUCAUGAGCUGAAUAUGCACAUAAAAUCAAAUCAUGCUUCAACUAUACAGAACGAUUUCGAUGUACACAGAAAUUCCGUUCAUUUGAAAAAUAAGAAAUUCGAGUGUAAGCUAUGUGAUUAUGUCGCAAGAAGAAAAGAUAGCCUCGAAAAGCAUGUUGAUGCUGUUCAUUUAAAAAUCAAGGACCACAAGUGUCACUUAUGUCAAUAUGCUACAACUGAAAGAAAAAUCCUCAAACAACACAUAUCAGGGGUUCAUUUAAAAAUUAAAGAACACAAAUGUCAUUUAUGUGAGUAUGCUGCUACUCAGAAAGGUCGACUUGAAAUUCACAUAAAAUCAGUUCAUUUGAAAAUUAAAGAUCAAAAGUGCCACCUGUGUGAUUAUGCUUCAAGUCAGAAAAAGGAUCUGAAUAGGCACAUGAAAUCUGUUCAUUCAAUAACUAAGGACCGCAAACACAAGUGUGACGUAUGUGAAUAUUUUGCUACUGAAGAGCAAAGGCUUGAGGAACACAAAAAAAUUGUGCAUUUGGGAAUAAAGAAACACAAGUGCGAUCUAUGUGAAUAUGCUACGAAUGAAGAAGAAAGGCUUGAAGAACACACAAAGAUUGUUCAUUUGGGAAUAAGGGAACACAAGUGUGAUUUAUGUGAAUAUGCUGGGAGCAAUGAAAGAACCCUUAGAAAACACAAAACAAUCUUUCAUUCGAAGACUAAGGAUCACAAAUGUCACUUGUGUGAGUAUGCCGCUCAUCAGAAAAGUGUGCUUGAUAAACACAUAAAAUCAGUUCACUUGAAAAUUAAAGAGCACAAGUGCCAUCUAUGUGAUUAUGCUGGGAGUACAAGAAGUAAAGUUAGGAUCCACAUAAAAUCAGUUCAUUUGAAAAUUAAGGAUCAAAAGUGUAACUAUUGCGAGUAUGCUUCAAGUACAAAAACAGACCUUCAAAAGCAUGUGGACAUUGUUCAUUUAAAUAUUAGGAAAAAACGCAAUUGAUGUCCAAGUAUGUUAUGAAUAAAAAAAAUAAUAAUAUCCUGUUAUUCUUUGAAAUAUAUUGUGUAGAAGA